CUCAGGGCCCGCGCGGCGGUGGCGGCGGUAGCGGCGCCGGAGCGCGGGCCGGGCGGCCAGAGAGAGCGGCGAGGCCGGGGUUUGCCCCCAGGGCGGAGCGCACGCCGGGAAAGGCCGCGAUGGCGAACGCGAGCGAACCGAGCGGCGGCGGCGGCGAGGCGGCCGCGCUGGGCCUCAAGCUGGCCACGCUCAGCCUGCUGCUGUGCGUGAGCCUGGCGGGCAACGUGCUGUUCGCGCUGCUCAUCGUGCGGGAGCGCAGCCUGCACCGCGCCCCGUACUACCUGCUGCUCGACCUGUGCCUGGCCGACGGGCUGCGCGCGCUCGCCUGCCUCCCGGCAGUCAUGCUGGCUGCGCGCCGGGCCGCGGCCGCCGCGGGGGCGCCGCCGGGCGCGCUGGGCUGCAAGCUGCUCGCCUUCCUGGCCGCGCUCUUCUGCUUCCACGCCGCCUUCCUGCUGCUCGGCGUGGGCGUCACCCGCUACCUGGCCAUAGCGCACCACCGCUUCUACGCGGAGCGCCUGGCCGGCUGGCCGUGCGCCGCCAUGCUGGUGUGCGCCGCCUGGGCUCUGGCACUGGCCGCGGCCUUCCCGCCUGUGCUGGACGGUGGCGGCGGCGACGACGAGGACGCGCCGUGCGCCCUGGAGCAGCGGCCCGACGGCGCCCCCGGCGCGCUCGGCUUCCUCCUGCUGCUGGCCGUGGUGGUGGGCGCCACACACCUCGUCUACCUCCGCCUGCUCUUCUUCAUCCACGAUCGCCGCAAGAUGAGGCCGGCGCGCCUCGUACCCGCCGUCAGCCACGACUGGACCUUCCACGGGCCCGGUGCCACCGGCCAGGCGGCCGCCAACUGGACAGCGGGCUUUGGCCGUGGACCUACGCCACCCGCGCUCGUGGGCAUCCGGGCGGCGGGGCCUGGCCGCGGUGCGCGCCGCCUGCUCGUGCUGGAGGAGUUCAAGACGGAGAAGAGGCUGUGCAGGAUGUUCUACGCCGUCACUCUGCUCUUCCUGCUGCUCUGGGGCCCCUACGUCGUGGCCAGCUACCUGCGGGUCCUGGUGCGGCCCGGCGCAGUGCCCCAGGCCUACCUGACGGCCUCAGUGUGGCUCACCUUCGCGCAGGCCGGCAUCAACCCCGUCGUGUGCUUCCUGUUCAACAGGGAGCUCAGGGACUGCUUCCGUGCCCAGUUCCCCUGCUGCCAGAGCCCCCAGGCGGCGCAGGCCACCCUCCCUUGCGACUUGAAAGGCAUUGGGCUGUGAGGGCUGCGCGGAACCCGCGCGCACCUGCAC